AGGGGACUGAGUCUGAAAGGCAAGGAGGAGGGGGAAGGAAGGAAAGAAGAGCACCAGAUUGUACCUCCGAGAGGGGAGCAUCUGUCACUCUCCAUCUUGCGCUCAGUCUUAGCCCAACCCUGCUGAGGAGUGGAUCCUGUCCACCCCGGGUCCUGCUGCAUCUCUGCCUCCCAUAUUGGCACCGGCUACCAGAAGUAACAAUGGGAGCCAAGUUAAGUAAGAAGAAAAAGGGUUAUUGUCUCGGUGCUGGUAAAGACGGAGAGUCUACAGAAACAACUGAAGUAGAACAAAAGGAAACCGAAAACCAAGAUGCACAAAAAGAUGCUGAACAAAAUGGAGAAAAACCAUCUACUGACCAAUCUGAGACUAAUGGGGGCAAAGAGGAAGAGGUAUGCCAGGCAGAGAAGGAGACGGGUGUAGACGUUCCAUCAGGUGAAACUACCAAAGAUGAUGCCAAGUUAGAGCCAAACCAAGAAACUAUUCCUAGUGCGAAAGAAGAAGGAAAAGGAGAGCAAAGUGAAAGUUCCCAAGGUGAACCAGAAAUCGCCAAGGUUUGUUCAAAUACAACUCAGGAACAGGUGUGCGAAGCAGCAAAAGAAGAGGGUUCAGCGGCAGAAAAAGCUCCGUCUGCUCAGGGGGAACAAAAGGCAGCAGAUGGCUCUGACAACUUGAAGUCAUCGUGUGGACCUCAGGGUGUUCCAGUGCAGGAGCCAGAAGUUACAGAGAGUAAGGUUGCAGCUGUAAUAGAAAGCGAACCUAUUAAAGAAACCGUAGUUACGAAUGCCCAUGCGGAACCUUCUCAGGUAUCCAAACCAGCGGCUGAGCAGAAAGACGGGGAAUCUAAAGAGGAAAUGCCGUCGGUUAUCGAACAAACGCAGUGUGUGUCGGACGCUUCUGAGGAAGUGGUCAAGAAGGAAACUGACAACAUUCAGGAGGCUCCUCCAGCAGCAGAGCCGGCUCCUCCAGCAGCAGAGCCGGCUCCUCCAGCAGCAGAGCCGGCUCCUCCAGCAGCAGAGCCGGCUCCUCCAGCAGCAGAGCCGGCUCCUCCAGCAGCAGAUGUCAGAUCUGAAGAGGCUUCUCAGGAAGCGGUCAAGAAGGAAAUGGACAAGGCGCAGGGGGCUCCUCCAGCAGCAGAGCCGGCGCAGGAGGCUCCUCCAGCAGCACAUGUCAGAUCUGAAGAGCCUCAAGAAUCAAUUACACAGCUAGACGAGCCCGAAAAACUCCCUAAACCAGUAGAAGAGUUAGCCAAACCUGAGCCAGAGAAUAACGAACCGGUCACGGAACAGUCUGAGAAGUUGCCCGCUCAAGUGUCUGAACCUGAGCCCAAGCAAGAAGGUGAGCCGGCGGCUGAAACAUUGCCAGCAGAUACAGAAUUGUCAAACUGUGAGAGUCAGGAUAGCGAUAUGGUGAAUAUCGAGGCCAAAGUAGCAGAAACAGAUUUGCGACCACCAUCGGUGGUCUCAGCAGAAGCAAUCCCAGAUAACAAUCAGGUAGAACAAAAUAUUCCUAUCGAGGAGGCAGCUGUUCCAAACUUGCAAGCGGAGAGUGCCCCUACGGAACAAGAUUCGGGUUUGACAGAAGAAAAAAAAGCUGAAGAAGAUAAACUCGUGUCGCAGCAAGGUGACCUAAAACGAGAGGAUGACGGCAAAACCGAACCCGAUGCUAAACUGGCAACAGAAGAAUGCGACCAGAUUGCUUGUGAAAGCGAGUGUUUGCCUCCGGAAUCACCAGCGGCAAAAGUUCCUGAUCCAAACGUCCAUGCUGUACCUGAAGAAAGUCAGAACCAGGAAUUGCCAGAGCCAGAAGAGCUAGGAAAGGAAAAGCUGUCUCCAGCUGCUCAGCAGACCAACGAUAAACAUGUUAGCAACGGCCUACCUGUUAAGGAAGAAAUGAAAGUUAACGGAAGCCUAGAAAAUGGAUCAGACCAUGCAAUUAGUGACCUAAACGGGCAAAGCCAUGAAAUUGCGUGCAGUGAAUAAUAGCAUUUGUUUCCAAGUAUCGAAUAUGACAUAAUUCCUCAAAAUGAUGUACUGUAUACAUUGUCAGUGACCAAACGCCUCCAUCCAAAUUUUAGAAAAGUUAAAAAAAAGAAUUCAGUUUUCCUACUAAACUGUAACCAGAACCAUAAUGUCUUUUAAAAUACUGCAACGUUUUUUUUCCGUAGAAAAUUCUGGUGCGUUAAAAAAAUCCUAUUUAUAAACGUUUUCUACCUUUCCACCGGGCAGAAUCGCUGUUCCUUGCUUACGUGCGUUGCAAACGGCACCAAAAAAUGUUACCUACACCCAAGUAAAGUUGCAAUGAUCUCGACCUAGUGUUCGGAUCGAAACGUGUUAAGAGCAUGAAUUCCACAAUGUUUUCCACAAAUAAAGGUUUCAUACUAUUA